AUGGGGGCAGUAUGCUGUGUAGGAAAUGAUGAGUGUUCAGAAAUGAUGCAGGCUAUCUGUCAAAUAGGAGAGGACGCAAGCAAGAACUGGAAGGGGACAUGUGGACAAUAUUGCAACCGUGAAACCAACGAAAGAGGUUUGAGGCUCUUAGAAUUCGCCAAAUAUAAUUACCUGAAGGUGGUGAACACAUUUGGCCCACACAAACCAUCUAGACGUUGGACAUGGCACAGCCCAGGAGGACAAUACCACAAUCAGAUCGACUACAUCAUGGUCAAGGGACGCUUCCAGUCAAGUGCGAACAUCGCAAAGACCAGGAGCUUUCCAGGAGCCGACGUCGGAAGUGACCAUGAGCUUGUGAUGAUGACCUUCAAACUACGCCUCCAAAGGAUGAAAAGGCAGGGAAACAAAAGGAUCAGGUUUAGUCUUGAAAAACUCAAGGACCCCAACAUCUCAGAAAUUUUUCGAGCAACGAUAGGAGGAAAGUUUGCUCCACUCCUCGUCCUUGGUAAUCAGGACACCGAAAUAGACACUCUGAUCAACAAAUUUAACACUGCCGUGACAGAAACAGCCAGCGACAUCCUUGGCAAACACCGACCAACAAAGAAGCCCUGGGUCAGAUGA